GUCAGGAUGGAAGAAGAACCUGAUAUAGAUAAGAGAAUCACAAAGAAACAAUUUGUAUAUCAUCCCAACCAGAGAGAGUUCCAAACCACUGCCAGACACCGAGAGGACAACACAGAGACUACAAGGACAUGUCAGUGCGCUAUAAGGACAUACAGCAGCUUAUUCCAGAAGACCCAACACCCAACAAGAGUCCCAUGCCAAGCUAUCCAACUUACCAAGGACUCACCAUGAACAGGUGGAUCCCCCAACCCUCCUCCGGCCUGAUCUGCUCUCUGUCGGCACUUUGCACCGGUCUCCUCUUCAUCGCCAUCAUCCUCAUCGUCACCAUCACACGUCAGGGGGUGGAUCAGACAGAGCAGAACAUGGAGGUGAAGCUGAGGAAUCUGAGUCUAGGAGUGGGCACCAAAGUUGAGAAACUGUCCCAGGAUGUUUCCAGGGUGAUGGAGAAACUGACCAACACUGAAAUCUUCAUAAAGGACAUGAGAGCCGCCAGUGUAAUUUCUAAAAUAAAUGGGAUGGAGGCAUCUGUGAACCGAAUUUUAUCUGAUGACGUAACAGGUUCUAUAUCCAAUGACAUCCAGAGGAUUCUGGGAGCCGUAGCGAGGCUGACAGAGGAGAUCCGGAAAGGGAACGGUUCUACUGAUCCAUUGUGUGAGGUGGGCUGGACACACUAUGGCCUCAGCUGCUACUAUUUUUCCCAGCGCGGGCGGUCGUGGGAGAGUGCGAAAAAAGACUGCGAGACGAAGAAGGCUCAUUUGGUGGUCAUUAAUGGCGAGGAAGAAAAUACUUUUCUAUAUGACCUUACAAAAUCUCGGACCUCGUGGAUCGGUCUCACAGAUGUGGAUGGAUCCUGGAAAUGGGUGGACGGGACUUCUUAUGAUGUUACUCCAAAGUUCUGGCAGCGUGGUCAGCCUGAUGAAUGGUUCGGUCAUGGUCUCGGAGGAGGAGAAGAUUGCGCUCAGCUGAAAAACGGAAAUGGUUGGAAUGAUGAUCAUUGUUCCAGGACCUUUUCAUACAUCUGCGAGAAGAAAAUGCCUUGACCUGCAUCACAGGAGAACAUCUGACAUCUUCAUCUACUAAUCACCUCUUCUCCUCUGCUACAUUACAGUGAUGAUUCUACUAAUAAAAUGCUAAAAUGCACCUGCAGGUCAUGAUGGAACUUAUAGUUCCCGAAGAGCAAUAGUAUCUCCAGGUGUCCAACCACAGUACAGUAAUAAGUAGAGGGAUUCUUGCCAUGUUUUUUUGUUGCAACAACAGUUCAGCUGCACCUUCUGGAUUUUAGAGAAUAUUCUAAGCAGAGCUGAGCUCCUCGGGGGUGGGGAUUUAUCGCUAGCUUCCCUUUUGUGUGUUGCUUUUAUUAUUAAGAAUAUACUGGAUUUAUAUAGCGGCAACCAUUUGCAAAGCAUUUUAUGUGUGGAUGAUGAGUAUUAAUAAAUUUAUGUAGACAGCUA